CUUAUGUUACGGUGGUCGUUAUUCAGUUGAUUGUUACGAACCACGAUGAAAACUCAGACAGGUAUCACUUUAGCCGUGGUAGCCUUUUUGGUGUUGCUCUCAUACGUUCAUGGUCAAUUCCAAUGUGCGUGUCAAUAUCAAAUUCGACAAGUGUGCGGACGAAAUGGUAGAACUUACGAUAAUGCUUGUCUAGCCAACUGUGCUGGAACGAGUGUGGAUUGUCGUGGCUCUUGUCCUUGUAAUCAAAGUGGCUUGGUUCAAAUCCCUGGCUUUUAUCCGCCAAGGAGAAACAACAACAACAAGCUUUCCGCUUUCAACAAUGGUGAUAACUUCAAUCCAUGCCUCUGCUGUCCAGAUUAUCGGGAUCGAAACCGCAUUCGGAAUAUUCCUCAGACCGCCUAUUGUGCCCUGACAUACGUGCGAUGCGAAAAAUGUUAAUGAUUUAGAAAACAUGACCUAAAACAUGCUCCAUACAGACUCUAUUUCGAGUUCAAGUUUGGAACGGCUAUAUUUCAAACGAAACGAGAUGAUGUCCUUGAAUAAAUUUGAAUGAGAUGGUAGUCGCUUAAGUUUCAAUUUACGAUCAGUCCUUGCCUUGCUUUGGCAUGAACUAGGUACGUUGGAGCGUCGUUGGGAACCUUUCAUUUAGUGUUGAUCAAUCAUGAGUCGGAAGAUCUUCGGGCCAAAUUUGCUCCUGAGCUUGAUCACUUUGUUGCCUCUAAGUUUGAGCAACACUGCGUUGGCGGCGCCUUGCAUUUGUCAUGCCAUCUACCGGCCGGUUUGCGCCGCCAAUGGCAUAGAUUUUGACAGUGAGUGUGACGCUCAUUGUGCUGGCCAGAAGCUCUCUUGCGAGGGCCAUUGUCCUUGUACUCACGGUCCAGUCCCGCCGCCAGCCGAGAAAGUACCAGGGGUGCCACUUCCGCUUCCGGGUGGAAUCCUCAAUCCCACCAGGGUGGCCAACUUCCAUCGCAACUGUUUGACCUGCUGCUAUUUCGGACGGCGUGACCUUGUGGUUCCCCAUUUAGAAAGCUUCCGCACGGACAACGUUUGCCCGGAAUUUGAAUGCUCGCUUUGCCUUUUUGGGCCAUUGCUCUACAAGCGUAAGCUCUGAAAUCCGAGCUACGAGUACAUAUAAAAGCGUUUUGAGGACAUCAAUAAAGCCAUUCGAAUUUGAAACACCCUCGAAAUAUAACUUACACCCACGUUCAUAGCAUGACGAAUUGGGUGUUGGCUGGCUGGUGAUUAACGUAUUCAAAUAGUCGUAAAACCGGUUUCGCCAAAUCAACAUCAAUCCAUUCUUUUGGAAACCAAAAUAAAUCGUGUCUAAGUGUCACCGAAAAUAUGUCCAUUACACGUGUGUUAGGCCUGGCCUUGAUCUUAGCCUUAGACCUUGUCCAAGGUCAAGAUCAACCUUUCCAAGGGCCGUACCGUUGCAUCUGCCAACUGGAUUUGCGGCCCGUUUGCGGCGUGGAUGGCUUUGACUACCCAAAUAUUUGCACUGCUUUAUGCCAAAGAGUGGUGGUGGCUUGUCAACAACGAUGUCCUUGUCCAACAGAGUCAGAAGGCUCCGACAGUACCGGUGACCCCAUCGGUGGCUCCAACACCACCACCACUCCUACUGGAUCUCCAAUCUUGAACAACUCGUCCUUUACCUUGUCUCCUAAUAGCAGUGAUGGGCACGAUGAGGCGGUAAAAGACCAGCCUUUCUUUGCUGCCAUUGAAGGGGACGAUGGAGAAGGGGUGCCGAGUUGUUCUUGUGAGGAAAAUAAUGAACCCGUUUGUGGGGACGAUAAUACCACGUACAGUAACAAUUGCCAAUUGGAAUGUGCCCAAGUGAAUAAGACUUGUGCGGGAGAAUGUCCCUGCGGAUCGAGUACGGCUGACGGGGGCAUCUUCCUGACCGCGUGUCGAUGUCCGGAUGUGUACGAGCCGAUUUGCGGCCAAAACGGCGAGACCUAUCAGAACGCGUGUUUCGCAGGCUGCAAGGCUGUCCUGGUGGACUGUGAGGGCAAAUGCCCGUGCCUCAAAUCCCGAGCUCGAUCCAUAGACAAGGGUCAGACCGGAGCGUUUGAUUGAGUAAUCGCCGGAGGAUUGCUCGGUUCCCUCCCUCCAAUGGAGGUUAGCUAUGAUGUUUGUAGGUACUACUGGUCCCAAAUGUGAAUCAAGUCGUUAAUCAUAAAUUGAGCUUGCUUGGGCCCGAGUAAGUAGCCAUGAUACAACAUGAUUUCGUGAUUAUGGGCUCUGGCCAUGGAGACUCUUCCCUCUCCAUGGUCUAUUUCUUUGUCGUGGACUGGAUGCGUUGUGUAUACCAUUACCGAGUUCUUCCAGCCUGUGAAGGCAAUUGUCGCCUGUCAUCCUGCCGAAUGAAUAAUCAAAUUCUCUCCCAUUUUUUGCUCUUCUUCCCAACGGAAAACCAACCAGUUAAACUUGAAUCAUGAAUGUAUGCAAGUACUAUGUAUAUACACUCAAUAAAUGGCGAUGUUUUCAAGCA